CUGUCGGUCGAGUUCGAGAGUGUUGCAAAGGUUGGAAAAAGAAACGGGAAAUUUUGAAGUGGUUCAAUUUUUGCGUAUUCGUGGCUAUUCGCAGCAGUUUCCCCGUCGAAACGUCGAUCAGAACCUGCAGAAACGGGAUCGGAACAGAUUGGUGCGUCGCGAGAACGGAUUACGGCGCUGUAGUUCCCUGGAAGUAGCGAAAAAGAACAUCCAUCGACGACGGAAGGUUGGAAUUUGGCGGAGGAAAAAAAAAGGUUCGCCUUGGAUGAGCAGCGAGCAGAUCCAUAAGAAGGGGAGUAGUGUGCUGCACUCACACACAGGCACGGCGCUUGACGUUGGAUUGGAUUGUGUUUCAAUCGUCCGUCGUCGUCGUCGUCGUCGCGGUGGAUGGAGUUUGUGAUGCACGUUCAUGGGCGUCGUGUAUUUUUUUCUGUUAGGCAACAAUAGUGAAGAGUUUAGACAGAAGAGUGAAGUGGGCACGGGGAUUGACGGUGGUGGGCUUUGGUUGCAGCAAUAGUGGCAACAGCAGCUCUCAGCAGAAGCAAAAGAGCAGCUCUAGAAAAUCCAAGCAGUUGAAAGGGUUGAAAGCAAUAGCACUGGCACCUGGCAGAAGCAGCAGUAGCAGAAGGAGACGACAGCCAAGGAAAAAAAAGUGAAUAGGCUCUCUGUGUGUGAGAAAGUGUUGUAAUGCAUCUAGUGAAAUUUGUUUUUCCUCAUCGUCGUCAUCAUCAUCAGCAUCGACAUUGCCGUGCCGUGAUCGCGGAGAGGGUUUGCCUUGACCAGCGGAAGAAAUAGACGUGCUGUUCCAUUGUUUUGGGGGUAGCUGGAGGCAAACACAUUCAAAUUCAGACAGACUGCGGUGAGAAUAGGGUGCUGCUUCCGCAAACGCUGUAAUCGAGAAGAGUGGCUUCGCUGGCGCUGACGGAGCAGUAGGGUGGGAUGAUUGUGCAGGAACCAGUGCAGGCCGCAAUAUGGCACUGCCUGAACCAUUACGACUACCAGGAUGCGAUCUUCUUGGCGGAAAGACUGUGUGCCGAAGUGGAAUCGGAGGAGAGUUUAUUCCUGCUGGCGACCUGUUACUACCGGGCCGGACAGAAGCACCAGGCCCAUUGGUUGCUAUCGUCGAAGGGUGUCCGUUCGACGCAAUGUCGGUUUCUCCUGUCCAAGUGUGCCUUCGAUCUGAAGCAAUACUCGGAAGCGGAGCACACGUUAAUCAAUGACGACCACCUGCGGGCGCGGCAUCUGGACGAGGUGGCAAAAGAGUUUGGCGACAUCGGUUGCUUCGCGUUAGAGUUGCUGUCGAAGAUUUGCCAGAAGACUGAACGGGGCAAGCUGGCGAACGAUGCCAGCCGGAAGGUGGUCAAGCUGAAUCCCUUUCUGUGGCAAUCGUUUGCCGACCUAUGCAACCGAGGGGAGAAACCGGACCCGAACGGUGUGUUCCAGUUGACGAGCACCGACGUUUUUGCAACCAGUCAAGCCUCACAUCCGGCGAUGAACUCGUCGAUGGUGUGGUUUGGAAAUGGAACCGGUGGUGGUGGUGGGACUGGAGGAGGAGGAGGUGGAGGAAUGUUUAUCGGAUCGGAAAGCUUCGAACAGCAGCUAAUCACCACUCCAGAUCAGGUUUCACAGUGUCUAAUACAGAAUAUUAUCAACACGCCAAAUAAUCCUCCACAGCAGCAACAAGCACAGGGUCAAAACAUUAGCAGUUUAACAAACACGAGGAUGGUGGCCGACGAGCAAACGCCCAACGUGGGUAGUGACGUUGGAACGCCGUUCCGGAAGCAGCAGUUUAAAUAUCUGGCUGCGAUGAGUCCUGCGACCCCCAGCUUUGGAGUCCUUCCCAUCAUGAAUAGUCCCAUGCUGAGUGAUCAGUCGGCGCUGAUAAUGACACCCUCGCCACAGCAGCUUUCCUCGGCCACGGGAUAUCAGCAGCAAGGCCAGGGACAGCUACAGGCCGGUCAGCAGCAACAGCAAAUCAUCGCCGACAGUGAUCAGCAAAAGAUGGCACUAUUAACUAGUAAUAAGAAGAUGCGUGGCCCUCACAAUCUCGGCACGAUGGGAAAUAUCAUCAAUCGCAAGAAUGACACGACGGCAACGACGAUGCUCCUACAGUCACAGAGUGCGAACACAAAACCGAUUGUGUUCAGCCAGACGGGCAAUCAGCUGACGACGCCGCGGACACCGAAUACGACCGGAGGUGCCCUGCAGGCGCAGAACGUCCGCCGCAGUUCCCGUCUGUUCAGCAACAGCAACUACUCCGUCAAGGAAAAUACCAAAAGUCCCCAGUUGAACAAUAAGUUUGUGGCUCCUCGGUCACCUCCCCGCAAGUCCAAACAGCGAAUCUCGAAGAAUCUGAACAGCAGUGCCGGCAAUCUGCUGGAAAAUGUCGAACGAAAGUCUUCCGUCGGUGGCGACGGAAAGGAGAAGAUCGAAACCAUCACCUCGAGCGAAACGCUCAGCGAGAAAGUCUUCAUCAACAAUAGCAUAAACAGUGCGCAGAAGGUGGCACAGCAAGUGCUGGCAUUGAAGAAGCAAAGUGCCGAUGGACUGAUGACGCUGCUGCGGGAGCUCGGCCAGGGAUACCUCCGGCUGCAGAGCUACGACUGUGAGAAGGCGAUCGAGCACUUUAGCAACGUUCCACCGCACCACUACAGCAGCAGUUGGGUGCAGAGUAUGAUCGCGCUGGCGCACCACGAAAUGCGAGAGUACGACGCGGCCGUGGAUAUCUUCCGGGAGAUACACGACAAGGAACCGCACCGGUUACAGUACAUGGAGAUCUACAGCACGGACCUGUGGCACCUGCAGAAGGACGUGGUUCUGUCGGCGCUGGCCCAGGACCUGAUGGCGCAGGACAAGAGCUCGCCGAUUACGUGGUGCGUCGCGGGGAAUUGCUUCUCCGCCCACAAGGAACAUGAGACGGCGAUCAAGUUCUUCUUUCGUGCAAUACAGGUGGACGAGGACUUCCCGUACAGUUACACAUUGCUCGGUCACGAGCUGGUCAUGACCGAGGAGCUCGAGAAGGCACUUUCGAUGUAUCGGUACGCGAUACUUCGAGAUUCGCGACAUUACAACGCCUGGUUCGGCAUCGGUACCAUCUUCAGCAAACAGGAACGGUACGAACUGGCCGAACUGCACUACCGCAAAGCGCUGGUGAUCAAUCCGAAGAACUCGGUCAUAAUGGUCCACAUCGGUGCGAUGCAGUUCUUCCUGAGAAAAAUGGACCAAGCGCUGCGGACGUUGAAUGCCGCAAUCGCUCUGGAUCCAAAGAACCCUUUGUGCAAGUUCCAUCGAGGUACGAUGUACUUUACCAUGGGGCGAUACCUGGAAGCGCUUAAAGAGCUGGAGGAGUUGAAGCAGAUCGUGCCAAAGGAAGCGGUAGUGUACUAUGUGAUGGGUAAGAUCUACAAAAAGUUAGGCAAUGUGGAUCUAGCGCUGAUGCAUCUGAGCUGGGCGACGGAUCUGGGUUCGAAGGGGGCGAACAAUCAGAUCAAGGACAACUUUGAUUCGAUCAUGCGAACGCAGGAUGGCGGAACUGGAGCUUUGGGAGUGGCCGGGUCGAGUCCGGGGGUUGCAGGGGGAGCGACGGGGUCUCCCAAUGAUGGAACGGAAGGAGGAGCAGGAGGAGCGGCAUUAGGAGGCGUCGGGGUCAGUGGGCUCGGCGAAGCGGACAUUGGCAGCAGUAGUGCGGAUCCGGACUAUUCGGUCGGCGGGGAGCAGGCCUCUAGCGACGACUCGACCGCCAAUGCACGGAACGAAUCGAUCGACGUCUUCAGUGGUAACCUGUACGAUAGCGAUAGUUACUAGAGCAAAUCUUGGAUCCUAAUCUUUUGUCGCGUUUCCUUAGUUCACUCUUUCCCCUUUUUUUCAAAGUCGAAAUAGCUCUGUGCGUGUUUUAUACCGUUGCGUUCUCCCCCCCUCGCCUCACCCACUUGAGAAACGGGCAUUUUCUCAUUUGUUCGAAUUCUUACUUACAAUUUAGCGCUUGUUGUGAAAAACAAAGAUCCCAUAUUUGAUUAGUCCUGGAUCAAGUACUAUAUAUUAGCAAAUUGAGCUCCUCGUUUAUUACCCUAUAUAGAAUAAUUAUCAAAAUAUUACAAUACAAUUGAACAAACGAACAACCCAGAUCGUAAGAAAUUAUAGAAACAUCCCAAACCCACCAACCAUUUGAAUGGACAUUGAAAGUUCCGUGGUGUCAAAUUCUAAAUUGUUUAAUUUGAUGCUCGAAAUAGUUUGCUUUCCCCGCAUAAACAAAAGAAAAAAGUCAAUACAAUUCCCCGAAAAUCACAUCGAUUCCAACAACACAAUAAUGUUUCAGUCCCGGUGGCUAUAUAAUGCAUGGUUUGAAAUACGAAAAACACGCUAGGUACUCUUCUGGUGGAGCGUCAAUCGACACUGACUGGUUAAUAAUAAUUAUUCAAAGAAGCGGAGUGAUUUUGCUGAUGGUUGAUCGAAAAAGAAAACUCUGAAGGUGGACCUACAGACAGACGGACGGACGACGGACCAACGGACGGAAUAGAAGGUUUAAAAAAAA